AACAGUAUCCGCUAGGCAGUUUAGCAUCAGGCUGGACGGGAAGCUAAGCUAGCUAAACCUCUCUCGUCCUGUGUUGAUUAUGUGUUCAGCUUUAAUUUUCUGAAGCUGCAGCCGGUCAAGUCUCUAACUGGAAGGUCGAUUCCAAUGGUAACGAAUCUUGUCUUUGCCGUCUUGUUUGUGCCAUGCAGUUCAUGCUGCUGUUCAGCCGGCAGGGGAAGCUGCGGCUUCAGAAAUGGUAUGUCCCUCUGUCUGACAAGGAGAGGAAGAAGAUCUCCAGGGAUCUGGUCCAGACCAUACUAGCCAGGAAGCCUAAGAUGUGCAGCUUCCUGGAAUGGAGAGACCUCAAGAUUGUGUACAAAAGAUAUGCCAGUCUGUACUUUUGCUGUGCUGUCGAGGAUCAGGAUAAUGAGCUGAUCACUCUGGAAAUCAUUCACAGAUAUGUGGAGCUACUGGACAAAUAUUUUGGCAGUGUGUGUGAGCUGGAUAUCAUCUUCAACUUUGAGAAGGCCUACUUCAUUCUGGAUGAGUUCCUGCUGGGCGGAGAAGCUCAGGAAACCUCCAAGAAGAACGUGCUGAAGGCCAUCGAGCAGGCCGACCUGCUGCAGGAGGAAGCCGAGGCACCGCGGAGCGUCUUAGAAGAAAUCGGGCUGACAUAGAUCACCCCGCUGCCUCUCGCUACGUCCCACAGAUGCAGAUCUGUUCACAUCCACGUCUUUGUGUCCUUUCCUGUCCAGUGUCGGUGUUGUAUGUAUAUAAUCGGCAUCGUUGUACUGCUCUGUACUGUAAUGAUCAUUCAGUGUGGUGCCAAAUGUGGUGUUUGUGUGUCUCCGCUGUCCAACUUCCUGUAAAGUAUUUCUCCCAACAUCUUAACUCAACAGAGAGAAAUGUAGCACUAAUGUCACAACUCCAGCAUGUUUAGAUCAUCCAUUGAUCACUGUUUGCAGAAUUAGUAAUUAAGACUUUUAAGUGCUGCUAGUGCCUCUUCUACAGACACCAGGAAGGUUAACACGGCGUAAAGCUGUUCUUUAGGCAUUUUCUGAAUCCUUGGCUGUACAAAUUGUUCGCCAUUACAAAGUCCUGGUCCUUUCCGAGGGGGGGGGUUAAAAUCAUUUGACCACUGUGCAGUCUUGGUAAUAAAUCUUAUUGCAAAAUGCAUUUGUUGGAUUUAAAUGUUUGUCUCAAAGAACAUAAGUUCCCAUUUUGUGCCAUUUUGUUUUUAGAUCAAAUGCAGACACUCUAUUGUAAAGUAUUCCUGUAGUAUGAGGCACCAACUUAGGUCAGUAUUACAGUACCCUUUGUACCUGGGUAGAUCACAGCAUCAGAAUUGUUUUCUGUGUCCGUUUGGACUUUUUGCAGAUAUGAACUGUUUACAUAUGUUGAACUUUGUGGUCUUUGAUUUUGCUGCGGCGUGCUAAGCUUUCUGUUCUCUGUAUUGUUGUUUUCGUCACGAGUAUGGAUCAUAUCUCCUUUCUGAAAGUGUUCAAGUGAAAAUUUUACAUUUUUGUGAUCAAUCUUCACUGGGUCUCUUCAAGUCUUCAGGACAGGAUAGUGACUUAAAAAAAAAAGAAAUCAUAACCACUGGUAAAAGGUUUAGUUCAUUCUUAGACUCACCUGUGACCAAAGAACACUGUGUUUAACCUUCUUAAUGGUGUCUAAAAAAUAAAGCCAGAAAAAGGGACUUCUAACAAAGUAUGUGGGUACUAUUCGAUUACAGAUGACUGUAUUUUAUAUUCCUAUCUCACAACUAUGUAAACUUUGUGGAAUAGUAAUUAUGAGCAGGAGAUACAAAGACAUCCAAACAGGUUUUAAAUGCAGAAGAACAAGAUGGAUGCUCAUCUUAGGUGAUGCGUGUUUCUUUUCUGUAAUCUCAACCCCAUUAUUGAACAAAACCAUCUUUGCUAAAUGACUAAAUGGCUAAAUGACUUGUUUUAUAUUUAACACUGCCAACAGUAUUUCUUAAAUCUGAGACAAUAAAUGUAUUCAAGGACAA